GAAUUUUAAAAAAGAAAAAAAGAACGACAAAAGUUCGUCAUCUUUUCAGCAUUUGGUUGUCCAUUCAAACAUUUAUAAUAGCAAACUAUAGUGGGAUAGCGACUUAACAUCAUUAAAUUGUCAUUUUGUAGAAACUGCAUUUACAUUUACCAACUUACCAUAUAAGUGGGACGGAAAACGAGAUGGGGAAUGAGUUUCUCGUCCCCAUUGAGUGGAUUUUUUCUACCCGCUCCCUCGCUCAUUCCCUACUUAAAUGGAGUCAAAGCUCUCGUAGGCCCUUAUCAUGGGACCCAUCCACAUUCAUCCAAGUGUAGGGCUCAAGCAAGUGUCACAUGGGUCAAGCUAUGUGGUAAUCUCAAAAUGAAAAAAAUUAUUCAAAAAACCGUCACAAAAUAUUUGUCUCUUAAUGAGUUUGCACAAUGUGUUUAUGUUUUAAUAUUUUAUUUUGGCAUCUUGUGUUGUUUAUAAAUUACUCAGAUCACAUGCCACCUCUCUUAUACUCAUUGCUUGCUUAUCUUCAGCAUCUUCCUUAGAUUCUCAUUCCAAAAAUUUCUCUCUGUAUUCAUUUUCCCUCACAGCCUUUCUCAGUGAACACAGGGAAUCUUCAGCAAAGGGACAGCACAGCCAGAUCUCUAAGCCCUUUCCCUUUUGACCCAAAGUUUGUCACCUUUCUUCGACAUGUGCAAAACCCCUUUUAAAGGAACCUCCUUCUACCAAUCACACCCAUGCAGCAACUUCUUCAAUGGGUUUUCAAGGAAACUAGUGAAAAAGAUGGACAUAGGACUUCACAUUCCACCAAGAAGGGAGCAAGUUGGGGUAUCACGAACACGAAACCAAGAAGCUCCUGGCUGGGACGAUGAUCAAGCGAGCAACGACUCCCGCAAGAUCAGUUUCAGAUGGGAAGCUGAAAGACGCUCCUCCGUUUCCUCAACCUACUCAUCGGUAUCGCGAGUUUCCUCCUUCAAGAACUGUUCCAUUACCCUUAAUUCCACUGCCAUUGAAGAAAUCAAUCACUGUUAUCCAAGAAAAGGAAGCUGGAUCACUACAGAUUCUGAAUUUGUUGUGCUAGAGCUGUGAAGGAAAAGGAAGACAGAUUAUCAACUGUUUGAUCUCCUUGCAAUCUGUGAAUUGUCAGAGGAUUUUUAUGUAAAUUUUUUGAAGUAUCUGUGAAGAACAUGCAUCUGAAGUAACAUUUUGAGUGUAAUUCAAACCAUCAUCUAAAAGUCUUUAGUGUAACAGGGUAA